ACUAACAGAUAUUCUAAAAGGUUCCCUAACUCCAAGGCCCAAAAUCUUUGCGGCAAAAUUUAUAGAACCGAAAACAGUAAACCUAACUAGUACCAUCGAACACAAAGAAGACAGAGCUACCCAUGAAAUUGUUUGAUGCUCAUUGCCACCUUCAAGAUCCCAGAAUUCUCAACAAAGCCCCCAAACUCAUUUCCACUGCUUUGGAUUCUGGUCUCCUUAAUUUUGCUGUUAAUGGUGUUUCUGAGAAAGAUUGGCAUUUGGUCAAAGAAAUGGGAGACAACUAUCCUUCUGUUAUUCCAUGCUUUGGAGUUCAUCCUUGGUAUGUUCCUCAGAGAAGUCCAAAUUGGUUUACUACUCUCAAGGAAUUCUUUGAAACCACUCCUUCUGCUGCUGUUGGAGAGAUUGGCUUGGACAAAGGUUCAAAAGGAAGGGAGAUUGAUUUUAAUGAUCAGAUUGAAGUCUUUAGGCAACAGCUAGAGCUUGCAAAAGAGCUGAAAAAACCAGCAUCAGUCCAUUGUGUUCGUGCAUUUGGCGACCUCCUUCAUAUAGUGAAGGACAUUGGGCCUUUCCCAGAUGGUCUCCUCCUCCAUUCUUACUUAGGUUCUGCGGAGAUGGUUCCUGAAUUUGUCAAAUCUGGUGCUUACUUCUCAUUAUCCGGAUACAUCAUGCCCAUGAAAGUGCAGAAGGCCAACAAAAUGUUGAAGACGAUACCUUUGGAAAGGAUCCUCUUAGAGUCGGAUGCUCCGGAUGCAUUGCCACAUUUAGAGUUAAGCUCUCUAUUUUGGUCGACAAAGAUCCUUCCUUCCACAAGAAAUUUUUGCUCAUGGAGAACUACUGCUUCAAAUGUUAGCACUUCAUCUGAUACCUCAAGAGACGCUUCUUCAUUGCCAAAAGACAUGCUUAAUCAUCCGGCAAACAUACAUAAUGUGCUUGAUUAUGUUGCAAAUUUGCUGGAAAUUAGUAAAGAGGAACUUGCAGAAAUAAGCUACAAGAAUUCUAUACGGUUGUUUUCUUAUCAAGGUUCAAAAGUUGCCUUAGGAUAAUCUUUUAAUGUCUUCUAAUCUUUUUACUGCAAAGGGAACAUGCUUUCGUACCUUUUCUGUGUCUUCAAAAUGUGAAAAUGCUUUUAUAAUUUUUGGUUGUAUUUUCAGUUUAGUUGAGUUCUAAGAUGUAAAUUUUAUGGAAAAUUAUAAUCAUACUUUCUUAUUUAUCUUUGUGGGUA